GAUCAAGAAAUAGGAAAAGAGUGACAGAAUCCUCACACGCUUCAAGGCUGUGACUGGAAGAAGUGCUCUUUCUUGGGCUGGGGAGAAGGGGAGAGGACACGUUUUCAAGGAUGCUCAAGCUGGUGUGAGGCUUCUUGGGCGCACAGACUGCGCACAGAAGUCAAGACUAAAAGAAGCACAGAAUCAGACUGAAGCCCUUGGCUUUGCUUGAGCAAUCCAAGGAAAACAAAGAUUGAGCUUCCAUCACACUUGACGUUAAACAGUGGAGAGCAAAAAAAAAGAGAUGGCCGAAGAGGAGGAAACCAGAGAAGUGCUCUUUCCAGACUGGGAGGGUCCAGACAAAACUGGGUUGACCAUUGAACGGACAACUGAUGGAGAGAUCUUCGUUAAGGAGGUCAAAGGAGAGUCACCUGCAGCACGGUCUGGAAGAGUAUAUGAAGGUGACCAGAUUGUAGGUGCAACCGUCUACUUUGAUAACAUGAGCUCAGAAGAAACAGCUGAGCUACUGAAGACAUUGAAUCGUCACAAGGUUGGACUGAAACUACAAAACAAGGGAGACAAAUCCCCUUGCCGCUCACCUCUGAGCACACCAUGUCGUUCACCAAUGGGGACGCUGACAUGGGAAGGGAAGACCCGCUUCGGAGGUUCCAGUCCAGAAAUCAUUCUUGGUGGAGAUGAAGAGGACUACAAGAGAAUAUAUACAAAAAAGAUUAAGCCAAGGCUGAAGUCAGAAGAUCUUGCAGAGGGAGUAGACGUUCGGACGGAGCGUCACAGCAGCACAAGCAGUGAUGGCAGCACAAUAACGACUAUCACCCGCCGCAUCACCACCUACACUGUGGAUCUGCCAGGUGGCAUAAGUGAGCAACUUGAACUUUCGGGUGCAGAUCUCAAGGGUCUGAGAUAUGAGUCUGGGGAUGGUUCUCCACGUAUCAGAAUCUCUCAUGGCAGUCCUUCAGGUCAAGUGGAAACAGAAGGGGCUGUUUUUGAAUCAAGCGAUGUCUCUUACCAGGGGCCAAGGGUUAGCUCUAUGGAGACACGUUUGGGAGGUGGGGGGGUUCAGACCACAACAAUUACAAGAGAGGUAGAAAGAGGUACAGGACCCAGACUGAAAGGGCCCAGCUUUGGAAUAACAGGGGUUAAAGGCCAGGAAGGCUUUGAGAUCUCAGGUAGGAACAGAGAACAAGGAGAUGGAAGUAUUCAGGUGCUAGAAACAAGCACGACAUUAGGCAACGGCUCAAACACUGGUAGUAGGCAGGUUGUAAAAGGGGGGAGCAUUGGUGCAGAGGUGUCCUCAUUGGAUGAGAAUGGAGGGUCAGUCAGUCUGUCUCUGCCAGGAAAAAGCAUGCAGAUUAUUACUUCAUCUAUGGAAAUAACACAAGGGGAAGGCGUUGACAAAAGUUCCCAUGAGAGGACAAAAUCCAAAGGAUCUGAAACCACCUUUAGUUCCCUGCAGCCGGGAUCAGAAAGUACUCAAUCUCAGAAUGUCAUACUUGUCGGAGGUUCUGGAGGAAUUAACACAAAAUUAAGUGAUGGCAGGAUUGGAGGGUCAGCAAUAAAAGUGGGCAGUGUUACCAAAGAAUACUCCUCAACCCCAGGAAAGGUGUCAGUUGCCACUUCUAGUUCCAAGUUCAGAGGUGAGCUUAAUGUCAAACUGCCACGAACAAAGCAGGAAACACAAGCACAGGGAAGUGACACUACUGUUCCAGGCUAUGAAACUGAAAGCAUUCUAAGCGACAAACAUCAAUCAAACAUCAACAUACCUGUGACUGGAAAGAAAGAAAUGAGUAAAGCAGGAAGUACCGUCAAAGUUAAACUUAGUGGUGACACUGAAGGACCAGUGGAAAAUUUACAACCACAAGGUGCACAAGGUGAUUUUAACAUCAAGACUCCAGAAAUUAAAGGUGAAAUGGAAACUACUAACCUUGAUAUCAAAAGACCAGAGGCUGAUAUAGAGUGUAAAUUUGAAAAGCCUACUGUAAAAAUGCAGUCGAUUGGUUUCAAAGGGAAAGACCAAAAGAGUCCAGAUGUUGAAAUAAACCAAAGCAAAACAAACACUGAUGGGGAAAUAACUGAGGGUGACAUAAAAAGACCACAGACUGAGGUGAAAGGCUUAUAUGUCACGACGAAGGGUCCCAAAGUCAAGUUGCAAACAACUUCUGGACCAAAACUGUCAACACCUGAUAUAGAUUUAAAUCUUAGAGGUCCAAAAAUCAAAACUGAUUUGGAUGUGUCAGUUCCAAAGAAAGAUGGAGACAUAAAAGGACCCAAAGUUAACAACACAGUGACUGAAGUUGACACUGAAGGUUCUGAAGGCGGAUUCGUAGUGCAAAAAAUUAAAGUGGCAUCAAUUGGCACUGGAGAUGCAAGUGCACAGGGUGCAGAUGUUGAUGUAAACCUUUCCAAAGCUGAGAUUGAGGUAAAGGCACCUGGAGUUGGCAUCAAAGGACCAGAAGUGGACAUGAAAGGACCAGAUGUGAGCCUAAAAGGACCCAAAUUCAAGAUGCAAUCAAAAUCUGGACCAAAGUUAUCCCAGCCAGAUGUGGAUGUAAAUCUAAAAAUUCCGAAUAUCAAAGGGGCUGUGGACGUGCCAGUUCCAAAUAUAGAAGGACAAGAAGGUGAAGAUGAAGGACCAGUUCUUGAUAUUGCAGGUCCUAAGGAUGGAUUCAAAAUGCCAAAAAUAAAAAUGCCAUCACUGAGCUUUGGAGGUUCAAAAGGCAAAGAUCAAGAUGUUGAUGUAAACCUUUCCAAAGGAGACAUUGAUGUAAAAGCACCUGAUGUUGACAUCAAACCCACAAAGGUGGAAAUUCAAGGACCAGAUGCUAGCCUCAAAGGAGCUAAAAUAAAAAUGCCAUCAGUUUCUGGGACAAAAAUCUCGAUGACAGAUGUGGAUUUCAAUGCAAAAGGUGCCAAAAUUGAAGGUGACAUGGAUGUGUCAGUUCCAAAGGUUAAAGGAGACAUAAAAGGACCCAGAGUUGAUAUUGAAGUUCCAGAUGUGGAUAUUGAAGGUCCUGAGGGUCCAGGAUUCAAAAUGCCAAAAAUCAAAAUCCCUUCAUUUGGCAUUGCUGGUUCAAAAGGCAAGGUUCCAGAACUUGAUGUAAAACUUUCCAAAGCAGACAUUGAUGUGAAAGCACCUGAUGUUGACAUCAAAGGUCCAGAGGUGGACAUUGAAGCACCAGAUGCUAGCCAAAAAGGACCGAAAGUCAAAUUACCAUCGAUUUCUGGACCAAAAAUCUCCAUGCCAGAUGUGAAAUUCAAUCUAAAAGGUCCAAAAGUUGAAGGUGAUGUGGAUGUUUCGGUUCCAAAGAUAGAAGGAGACUUAAAGGGACCCAAACUUGAUAUUGAGGGAUCUGAUAUCAACAUUGAAAGUGCUGAGGGUGGAUUUAAAAUGCCAAAAAUCAAAAUGCCAUCUUUUGGCAUCAAAGGUCCAAAAGUGGAGAGUGCAGAUGUUGACAUAAACCUUCCCAAAGCAGACAUUGAUGUAAAGGCACCUGAUGUUGACAUCAAAGGACCAGAGGUGGACAUUGAAGGUCCAGGUGGACAAAUCAAAGGACCCAAAUUCAAAAUGCCAUCGAUUUCAGGACCAAAAAUCUCCAUGCCAGAUGUGGAUUUCAGUGUUAAAGGUCCAAAAAUUGAAGGUGACUUAGAUGCGUCUGUUCAAAAGGUUAAAGGAGACAUAAAAGGACCCAGAGUUGAUAUUGAAGUUCCAGAUGUGGAUAUUGAAACUCCUGAGGGUCCAGGAUUCAAAAUGCCAAAAAUCAAAAUCCCUUCAAUUGGCAUUGGUGGUUCAAAAGGCAAGGUUCCAGAACUUGAUGUAAAACUUUCCAAAACAGACAUUGAUGUGGAAGUACCUGAUGUUGACAUCAAAGGUUCAGAAGUGGACAUUGAAGCACCAGAUGCCAGCAUCAAAGGACCUAACAUCAAAUUACCAUCGAUUUCUGGACCAAAAGUCUCCAUGCCAGAUAUGGAUUUCAAUCUAAAAGGUCAAAAAACUGAAGGUGAUAUGGGCGUGUCAUUUCAAAAGGUAAAAGGAGACUUUAAAGGACCAAAAGUCGACAUCAAAGGACCAGAUGUUGAUAUGGAAGGUCCUGGAUUCAAAAUGCCAAAAAUCAAAAUUCCAUCUUUUGGCUUCAAAGGUCCAAAAGUGGAGGGUACAGAUGUUGACAUAAACCUUCCAAAAGCAGACAUUGAUGUGAAAGUACCUGAUGUUGACAUCAAAGGACCAGAGGUGGACAUUGAAGGACUAGAUGCUAACGUAAAAGGACCCAAAUUCAAAACGCCAUCACUUACAGGGCCAAAAAUCUCCAUGCCAGAUAUGGAUGUCAAUCUCAAAGCUCCAAAAGUCAAAGGUGAUGUGGAUGUGUCAGGUCCAAAGAUAAAAGGAGACAUAAAGGGACCAAAAGUUGACAUUGAAGGACCAGAUGUUGAAAUGGAAGGUCCUGGAUUCAAAAUGCCAAAAUUCAAAAUGCCAUCGAUUGGCAUCAAAGGUCCAAAAGUGGAGGGUACAGAUGUUGACAUAAACCUUCCCAAGGCAGACAUUGAUGUGAAGGCACCUGAUGUUGACAUCAAAGGCCCAGAGGUGGACAUUGAAGGACCAGAUGCUAACCUCAAAGGACCCAAAUUCACAAUGCCAUCUAUUUCUGGACCAAAAAUCUCCAUGCCAGAUGUGAAAUUCAAUGUAAAAGGUCCAAAAGUUGAAGGUGACAUAAAAGUCCCAGAAGUCGACAUCAAAGGACCAGAUGUUGAUCUGCGAGGUCCUGGAUUCAAAAUGCCAAAAAUCAAAAUGCCAUCGAUUGCCAUCAAAGGUCCAAAAGUGGAGGGUACGGAUGUUGACAUAAACCUUCCAAAACCAGACAUUGAUGUGAAAGUACCUGAUGUUGACAUCAAAAGACCAGAGGUGGACAUUGAAGGACCAGAUGCUAACCUCAAAGGACCCAAAUUCAAAAUGCCAUCAAUUUCUGGACCAAAAAUCUCCAUGCCAGAUAUGGGUUUCAAUCUCAAAGGUUCAAAAAUCAAAGGUGAUGUGGAUAUGUCAGGUCCAAAGAUAGAAGGAGACAUAAAAGUUCCAGAAGUUGAUAUCGAAGGACCAGAUGUUCAUAUGGAAGGUCCUGGAUUCAAAAUGCCAAAAUUCAAAAUGCCAUAUUUUGGCAGCAAAGGUCCAAAAGUGGAGGGUACAGAUGUUGACAUAAACCUUCCAAAACAAGACAUUGAUGUGAAAGUACCUGAUGUUGACAUCAAAGGGCCAGAGGUGGACAUUGAAGGACCAGAUGCUAACCUCAAAGGACCCAAAUUCACAAUGCCAUCUAUUUCUGGACCAAAAAUCUCCAUGCCAGAUGUGAAAUUCAAUGUAAAAGGUCCAAAAGUUGAAGGUGACAUAAAAGUCCCAGAAGUCGACAUCAAAGGACCAGAUGUUGAUCUGCGAGGUCCUGGAUUCAAAAUGCCAAAAAUCAAAAUGCCAUCGAUUGCCAUCAAAGGUCCAAAAGUGGAGGGUACGGAUGUUGACAUAAACCUUCCAAAACCAGACAUUGAUGUGAAAGUACCUGAUGUUGACAUCAAAGGACCAGAGGUGGACAUUGAAGGACCAGAUGCUAACCUCAAAGGACCCAAAUUCAAAAUGCCAUCAAUUUCUGGACCAAAAAUCUCCAUGCCAGAUAUGGGUUUCAAUCUCAAAGGUUCAAAAAUCAAAGGUGAUGUGGAUAUGUCAGGUCCAAAGAUAGAAGGAGACAUAAAAGUCCCAGAAGUUGAUAUCGAAGGACCAGAUGUUCAUAUGGAAGGUCCUGGAUUCAAAAUGCCAAAAUUCAAAAUGCCAUAUUUUGGCAGCAAAGGUCCAAAAGUGGAGGGUACAGAUGUUGACAUAAACCUUCCAAAACCAGACAUUGAUGUGAAAGUACCUGAUGUUGACAUCAAAGGACCAGAGGUGGACAUUGAAGGACCAGAUGCUAACCUCAAAGGACCCAAAUUCACAAUGCCAUCUAUUUCUGGACCAAAAAUCUCCAUGCCAGAUGUGAAAUUCAAUGUAAAAGGUCCAAAAGUUGAAGGUGACAUAAAAGUCCCAGAAGUCGACAUCAAAGGACCAGAUGUUGAUCUGCAAGGUCCUGGAUUCAAAAUGCCAAAACUCAAAAUGCCAUCGAUUGGCAUCAAAGGUCCAAAAGUGGAGGGUACGGAUGUUGACAUAAACCUUCCAAAACCAGACAUUGAUGUGAAAGUACCUGAUGUUGACAUCAAAGGACCAGAGGUGGACAUUGAAGGACCAGAUGCUAACCUCAAAGGACCCAAAUUCAAAAUGCCAUCAAUUUCUGGACCAAAAAUCUCCAUGCCAGAUAUGGGUUUCAAUCUCAAAGGUUCAAAAAUCAAAGGUGAUGUGGAUAUGUCAGGUCCAAAGAUAGAAGGAGACAUAAAAGUUCCAGAAGUUGAUAUCGAAGGACCAGAUGUUCAUAUGGAAGGUCCUGGAUUCAAAAUGCCAAAAUUCAAAAUGCCAUAUUUUGGCAGCAAAGGUCCAAAAGUGGAGGGUACAGAUGUUGACAUAAACCUUCCAAAACCAGACAUUGAUGUGAAAGUACCUGAUGUUGACAUCAAAGGACCAGAGGUGGACAUUGAAGGACCAGAUGCUAACCUCAAAGGACCCAAAUUCACAAUGCCAUCUAUUUCUGGACCAAAAAUCUCCAUGCCAGAUGUGAAAUUCAAUGUAAAAGGUCCAAAAGUUGAAGGUGACAUAAAAGUCCCAGAAGUCGACAUCAAAGGACCAGAUGUUGAUCUGCAAGGUCCUGGAUUCAAAAUGCCAAAACUCAAAAUGCCAUCGAUUGGCAUCAAAGGUCCAAAAGUGGAGGGUACGGAUGUUGACAUAAACCUUCCAAAACCAGACAUUGAUGUGAAAGUACCUGAUGUUGACAUCAAAGGACCAGAGGUGGACAUUGAAGGACCAGAUGCUAACCUCAAAGGACCCAAAUUCAAAAUGCCAUCAAUUUCUGGACCAAAAAUCUCCAUGCCAGAUAUGGGUUUCAAUCUCAAAGGUUCAAAAAUCAAAGGUGAUGUGGAUAUGUCAGGUCCAAAGAUAGAAGGAGACAUAAAAGUUCCAGAAGUUGAUAUCGAAGGACCAGAUGUUCAUAUGGAAGGUCCUGGAUUCAAAAUGCCAAAAUUCAAAAUGCCAUAUUUUGGCAGCAAAGGUCCAAAAGUGGAGGGUACAGAUGUUGACAUAAACCUUCCAAAACCAGACAUUGAUGUGAAAGUACCUGAUGUUGACAUCAAAGGACCAGAGGUGGACAUUGAAGGACCAGAUGCUCACCUCAAAGGACCCAAAUUCAAAAUGCCAUCACUUACAAGGCCAAAAAUCUCCAUGCCAGAUAUUGAUGUCAAUCUCAAAAGUCCAAAAAUCAAAGGUGAUAUGGAUGUUUCAGUUCCAAAGAUAAAAGGAGAUAUAAAAGGACCAGAAGUCGAUAUUGAAUGUCCAGAAGUUGAAAUGGAAGGUCCUGGAUUCAAAAUGCCAAAAUUCAAAAUGCCAUCGAUUGGCAUGAAAGGUCCAAAAGUGGAGGGUACAGAUGUUGACAUAAACCUUCCCAAGGCAGACAUUGAUGUGAAAGUACCUGAUGUUGACAUCAAAGGACCAGAGGUGGACAUCGAGGGUCCAAGUGGAAAAAUCAAAGGACCUAAAUUCAAAAUGCCAUCAAUUUCAGGACCAAAAAUCUCCAUGCCAGAUGUGGAUUUCAAUCUCAAAGGCCAAAAUCUCAAAGGUGAUGUUGAUCUGUCAGUUCCAAAGAUAGAAGGAGACAUAAAGGGACCAAAAGUUGAUAUUGAAGUUCCAGAUGUUGAUAUGGAAGGUCCUGGAUUUAAGAUGCCAAAAUUCAAAAUUCCAUCUUUUGGCUUCAAAGGUCCAAAAGUGGAGGGUACAGAUGUUGACAUAAACCUUCCCAAAGCAGACAUUGAUGUGAAAGUACCUGAUGUUGACAUCAAAGGACCAGAGGUGGACAUUGAAGGACCAGAUGCUCACCUCAAAGGACCCAAAUUCAAAAUGCCAUCAAUUUCUGGACCAAAAAUCUCCAUGCCAGAUAUGGAUGUCAAUCUCAAAGUUUCAAAAAUCAAAGGUGAUGUGGAUGUGUCAGGUCCAAAGAUAGAAGGAGACAUAAAAGGACCAGAAGUUGAUAUCGAAGGACCAGAUGUUGAUAUUGAAGGUCCUGGAUUCAAAAUGCCAAAAUUCAAAAUGCCAUCUUUUGGCAUCAAAGGUCCAAAAGUGGAGGGUACAGAUGUUGACAUAAACCUUCCGAAAGCAAAAAUUGAUGUGAAGGCACCUGAUGUUGACAUCAAAGGCCCAGAGGUGGACAUCGAGAGUCCAAGUGGAAAAAUCAAAGGACCCAAAUUCAAAAUGCCAUCAAUUUCAGGACCAAAAAUCUCCAUGCCAGAUGUGGAUUUCAAUCUCAAAGGCCAAAAUCUCAAAGGUGAUGUUGAUCUGUCAGUUCCAAAGAUAGAAGGAGACAUAAAGGGACCAAAAGUUGAUAUUGAAGUUCCAGAUGUUGAUAUGGAAGGUCCUGGAUUUAAAAUGCCAAAAUUCAAAAUGCCAUCGCUUGGCAUCAAAGGUCCAAAAGUGGAGGGUACAGACAUAAGCCUUCCCAAAGCAGACAUUGAUGUGAAAGUACCUGAACUGGACAUCAAAGGACCAGAGGUGGACAUCGAGGGUCCAAGUGGAAAAAUCAAAGGACCCAAAGUCAAAAUGCCAUCAAUUUCUGGACCAAAAAUCUCCAUGCCAGAUGUUGAUUUCAAUCUAAAAGGUCCAAAGGUUGAAGGUGACAUAAAGGGACCAGAAGUUGACAUCAAAGGACCAGAUGUUGAUCUGGAAGGUCCUGGAUUCAAAAUGCCAAAAUUCAAAAUGCCAUCGAUUGGCAUCAAAGGUCCAAAAGUGGAGGGUACAGAUGUUGACAUAAACCUUCCCAAGGCAGACAUUGAUGUGAAAGUACCUGAUGUUGACAUCAAAGGACCAGAGGUGGACAUUGAAGGACCAGAUGCUAACCUCAAAGGACCCAAAUUCAAAAUGCCAUCAAUUUCUGGGCCCCAUAUCUCCAUGCCAGAUAUAAAUCUCAAAGGUCCAAAAAUCAAAGGUGAUGUGGAUGUGUCAGGUCCAAAGAUAGAAGGAGACAUAAAAGUCCCAGAAGUCGAUAUUGAAUGUCCAGAUGUUGAAAUGGAAGGUCCUGGAUUCAAAAUGCCAAAAAUCAAAAUUCCAUCUUUUGGCUUCAAAGGUCCAAAAGUGGAGGGUACAGAUGUUGACAUAAACCUUCCCAAGGCAGACAUUGAUGUGAAAGUACCUGAUGUUGACAUCAAAGGACCAGAGGUGGACAUUGAAGGACCAGAUGCUAACCUCAAAGGACCCAAAUUCAAAAUGCCAUCAAUUUCUGGACCUAACAUAUCCAUGCCAGAUGUGGAUUUCAAUCUAAAAGGUCCAAAAAUUGAAGGAGAUAUAAAUGUGUCAGGUCCAAAGAUUAAAGCACCUAAAGCUGACAUUGAAGGACCAGAUGUUGAUAUUGAAGGUCCUGAGGGUGGAUUCAAAAUGCCAAAAAUCAAAAUACCAUCUUUUGGCAUCAAAGGUCCAAAAGUGGAGGGUACAGAUGUUGACAUAAAUCUUCCAAAACCAGACAUUGAUGUGAAGGCACCUGAUCUUGACAUCAAAGGACCAGAGGUGGACAUUGAAGGGCCAGAUGCUAGCCUCAAAGGACCCAAAUUCAAAAUGCCAUCAAUCACAGGGCCAAAAAUCUCCAUGCCAGAUGUGGAUUUCAAUAUGAAAGGUCCAACAUUAAAAGGUGAUAUCGAUCUUUCCAAUCCAAAGGUAGAAAGAGACAUAAAAUCACCUAAAGUUGACAUUAAAGCCCCCGAUGUAGACAUCAAUGCUGGCUCAGCUGGCAUUAAGAAACCGAAGUUUAAAAUGCCAAAGUUUGGUAUCAAGGGAUCAAAGAUUAAAGGUCCAGAAACUGAAACUGGCGUCAGACCUUUAGACCUUGAUGUUGACAUUGAAACAGGUGGUCUGAAGGGAAAGGGAUCUAAAUUCAAGUUACCAAAGUUUGGAUUUAAAGGCCCAAAGAUAGAAGGGUCUGAAAUUGAUGUCAAUCUACCAAAAAAAGCCAUUGAUGUGAAAGGACCUGAUGUUGACAUAAAGGCAGCAGAGGUGGACAUUGAGAGUCCAAGUGGGAAAAUCAAAGGACCCAAAUUCAAAAUGCCAUCCCUUUCAGGGCCAAACAUCUCCAUGCCAGAUGUGGAUUUCAAUCUGAAAAGUCCAAAAAUCAAAGGUAGUGUUGAUCUCUCAGAUCCAAAGGUAGAAGGAGACAUAAAAGGACCAGAAGUCGAUAUUGAAGGACCAGAUGUUGAUAUGGAGGGUCCUGGAUUCAAAAUGCCAAAAUUCAAAAUGCCAUCAUUUGGCAUCAAAGGUCCAAAGGUGGAGGGUCAAGAUGUUGACAUAAACCUUCCAAAAGCAGACAUUGAUGUGAAAGGACCUGAUGUUGACAUCAAAGGCCUAGAGGUGGACAUCGAGAGUCCAAGUGGAAAAAUCAAAGGACCCAAAUUCAAAUUGCCAUCAAUUUCUGGGCCUAACAUAUCCAUGCCAGAUGUGGAUUUCAAUCUAAAAGGUCCAAGAAUUGAAGGUGAUAUAGAUGUAUCAGGUCCAAAGGUAAAAGGAGACAUAAAGGGACAAAAAGUCGACAUUGAAGGACCAGACGUUGAUAUGGAAGGUCCUGGAUUCAAAAUGCCAAAAAUCAAAAUGCCAUCUUUUGGCAUCAAAGGUCCAAAAGUAGAGGGUCAAGAUGUUGACAUAAACCUUCCAAAAGCAGACAUUGAUGUGAAAGCACCUGAUCUUGACAUCAAAGGCGCAGAGGUGGACAUUGAAGGACCAGAUGCUAGUCUCAAAGGACCCAAAUUCAAAAUGCCAUCACUUACAGGACCCAAAAUCUCCAUGCCAGAUGUGGAUUUCAAUAUGAAAAGUCCAAAAAUCAAAGGUGAUGUGGAUGUGUCAUGUCCAAAGAUAGAAGGAGACAUAAAGGGACCAAAAGUCAAUAUUGAAGGUCCAGAUGUUGAUAUGGAAGGUCCUGGAUUCAAAAUGCCAAAAAUCAAAAUGCCAUCUUUUGGCAUCAAAGGUCCAAAAGUGGAGGGUACAGAUGUUGACAUAAACCUUCCAAAAGCAGACAUUGAUGUGAAAGCACCUGAUCUUGACAUCAAAGGACCAGAGGUGGACAUUGAAGGACCAGAUGCUAGUCUCAAAGGACCCAAAUUCAAAAUGCCAUCACUUACAGGACCCAAAAUCUCCAUGCCAGAUGUGGAUUUCAAUAUGAAAAGUCCAAAAAUCAAAGGUGAUGUGGAUGUGUCAUGUCCAAAGAUAGAAGGAGACAUAAAGGGACCAAAAGUCAAUAUUGAAGGUCCAGAUGUUGAUAUGGAAGGUCCUGGAUUCAAAAUGCCAAAAAUCAAAAUGCCAUCUUUUGGCAUCAAAGGUCCAAAAGUGGAGGGUACAGAUGUUGACAUAAACCUUCCCAAACCAGACAUUGAUGUGAAAGUACCUGAUGUUGACAUCAAAGGACCAGAGGUGGACAUUGAAGGACCAGAUGCUAGCCUCAAAGGACCCAAAUUCAAAAUGCCAUCAAUUUCUGGACCAAAAAUCUCGAUGCCAGAUAUGGAUUUCUAUCUCAAAGGUCAAAAAAUCAAAGGUGAUGUGGGUGUGUCACUUCCAAAGCUUGAAGGAGACAUUAAAGGACCAAAAGUCGAUAUUGAAGGACCAGAUGUUGAUAUGGAAGGUCCUGGAUUCAAAAUGCCAAAAAUCAAAAUGCCAUCUUUUGGCUUCAAAGGUCCAAAAAUGGAGGGCCCAGAUGUUGACAUAAACCUUCCAAAAGCAGACAUUGAUGUGAAGGCACCAGAUGUUGACAUCAAAGGGCCAGAGGUGGACAUCGAGAGUCCAAGUGGAAAAAUCAAAGGACCCAAAUUCAAAAUGCCAUCAAUUUCAGGACCUAACAUAUCCAUGCCAGAUGUGGAUUUCAAUCUGAAAGGUACGAAAAUUGAAGGUGAUAUGGGUGUGUCAGGUCCAAAGUUAAAAGGAGACAUAAAGGGACCAAAGGUCGACAUUGAAGGACCAGAUGUUGAUUUUGAAGGUCCUGGAUUCAAAAUGCCAAAAUUCAAAAUGCCAUCUUUUGGCUUAAAAGGUCCAAAAGUGGAGGGGACAGAUGUUGACAUAAACCUUCCAAAAGCAGACAUUGAUGUUAAGGCACCUGAUGUUGACAUCAAAGGACCAGAGGUGGACAUUGAAGGAUCAGCUGCUAACCUCAAAGGACCAAAAUUCAAAAUGCCAUCAAUUUCUGGACCUAACAUAUCCAUUCCAGAUAUAAAUCUCAAAGGUCCAAAAAUCAAAGGUGAUGUGGAUGUUUCAGUUCCAAAGAUUAAAGGGGACAUAAAAGGACCAGAAGUCGAUAUUGAAGGUCCAGAUGUUCAUAUGGAAGGUCCUGGAUUCAAAAUGCCAAAAUUCAAAAUGCCAUCUUUUGGCUUAAAAGGUCCAAAAGUGGAGGGUACAGAUGUUGACAUAAACCUUCCAAAAGCAGACAUUGAUGUUAAGGCACCUGAUGUUGACAUCAAAGGACCAGAGGUGGACAUUGAAGGACCAGAUGCUAACCUCAAAGGACCCAAAUUCAAAAUGCCAUCAAUUUCUGGACCUAACAUAUCCAUUCCAGAUAUAAAUCUCAAAGGUCCAAAAAUCAAAGGUGAUGUGGAUGUUUCAGUUCCAAAGAUUAAAGGGGACAUAAAAGGACCAGAAGUCGAUAUUGAAGGUCCAGAUGUUCAUAUGGAAGGUCCUGGAUUCAAAAUGCCAAAAAUCAAAAUGCCAUCUUUUGGCUUCAAAGGUCCAAAAGUGGAGGGUACAGAUGUUGACAUAAACCUUCCCAAACCAGACAUUGAUGUGAAAGUACCUGAUGUUGACAUCAAAGGACCAGAGGUGGACAUUGAAGGACCAGAUGCUAACCUCAAAGGACCCAAAUUCAAAAUGCCAUCAAUUUCUGGACCUAACAUAUCCAUUCCAGAUAUAAAUCUCAAAGGUCCAAAAAUCAAAGGUGAUGUGGAUGUUUCAGUUCCAAAGAUUAAAGGGGACAUAAAAGGACCAGAAGUCGAUAUUGAAGGACCAGAUGUUCAUAUGGAAGGUCCUGGAUUCAAAAUGCCAAAAAUCAAAAUGCCAUCUUUUGGCUUCAAAGGUCCAAAAGUGGAGGGUACAGAUGUUGACAUAAACCUUCCCAAACCAGACAUUGAUGUGAAAGUACCUGAUGUUGACAUCAAAGGACCAGAAGUGGACAUUGAAGGACCAGAUGCUAACCUCAAAGGACCCAAAUUCAAAAUGCCAUCAAUUUCUGGACCUAACAUAUCCAUUCCAGAUAUAAAUCUCAAAGGUCCAAAAAUCAAAGGUGAUGUGGAUGUUUCAGUUCCAAAGAUUAAAGGGGACAUAAAAGGACCAGAAGUCGAUAUUGAAGGUCCAGAUGUUCAUAUGGAAGGUCCUGGAUUCAAAAUGCCAAAAAUCAAAAUGCCAUCUUUUGGCUUCAAAGGUCCAAAAGUGGAGGGUACAGAUGUUGACAUAAACCUUCCAAAGGCUGACAUUGAUGUGAAGGCACCUGGUCUGGACAUCAAAGGACCAGAGGUGGAUGUUGAUAUUGAAGGACCAGAUGCUAACCUCAAAGGACCCAAAUUCAAAAUGCCAUCAAUUUCUGGACCUAACAUAUCCAUUCCAGAUAUAAAUCUCAAAGGUCCAAAAAUCAAAGGUGAUGUGGAUGUGUCAGGUCCAAAGAUAGAAGGAGACAUAAAAGUCCCAGAAGUCGAUAUUGAAUGUCCAGAUGUUGAAAUGGAAGGUCCUGGAUUCAAAAUGCCAAAAAUCAAAAUUCCAUCUUUUGGCUUCAAAGGUCCAAAAGUGGAGGGUACAGAUGUUGACAUAAACCUUCCCAAGGCAGACAUUGAUGUGAAAGUACCUGAUGUUGACAUCAAAGGACCAGAGGUGGACAUUGAAGGACCAGAUGCUAACCUCAAAGGACCCAAAUUCAAAAUGCCAUCAAUUUCUGGACCAAAAAUCUCCAUGCCAGAUAUGGGUUUCAAUGUCAAAGGUCCAAAAAUCAAAGGUGAUGUAGAUGUGUCAGGUCCAAAGAUAAAAGGAGACAUAAAAGGACCAGAAGUCGAUAUUGAAGGACCAGAUGUUGAUAUGGAGGGUCCUGGAUUCAAAAUGCCAAAAUUCAAAAUGCCAUCUUUUGGCUUCAAAGGUCCAAAAGUGGAGGGUACAGAUGUUGACAUAAACCUUCCAAAAGCAGACAUUGAUGUAAAAGGACCUGAUAUUGACAUCAAAGGCCCAGAGGUGGACAUUGAGAGUCCAAGUGGAAAAAUCAAAGGACCCAAAUUCAAAUUGCCAUCAGUUUCUGGACCUAACAUAUCCAUGCCAGAUGUGGAUUUCAAUCUCAAAGGUCCAAAAAUUGAAGGUGAUAUGGGUGUGUCAGGUCCAAAGUUAAAAGGAGACAUAAAGGGACCAAAAGUUGACAUUGAAGGACCAGAUGCUGAUUUUGAAGGUCCUGGAUUCAAAAUGCCAAAAUUCAAAAUGCCAUCUUUUGGCUUAAAAGGUCCAAAAGUGGAGGGUACAGAUGUUGACAUAAACCUUCCAAAAGCAGACAUUGAUGUUAAGGCACCUGAUGUUGACAUCAAAGGACCAGAGGUGGACAUUGAAGGACCAGCUGCUAACCUCAAAGGACCCAAAUUCAAAAUGCCAUCAAUUUCAGGACCAAACAUCUCCAUGCCAGAUGUGGAUUUCAAUAUGAAAAGUCCAAAAAUCAAAGGUGAUGUGGAUGUUUCAGUUCCAAAGAUUAAAGGGGACAUAAAAGGACCAGAAGUCGAUAUUGAAGGUCCAGAUGUUCAUAUGGAAGGUCCUGGAUUCAAAAUGCCAAAGUUCAAAAUGCCAUCUUUUGGCUUCAAAGGUCCAAAAGUGGAGGGUACAGAUGUUGACAUAAACCUCCCAAAAGCAGACAUUGAUGUGAAAGCACCUGAUCUUGACAUCAAAGGCCCAGAGGUGGACAUUGAAGGACCAGAUGCUAACCUCAAAGGACCCAAAUUCAAAAUUCCAUCACUAACAGGGCCAAAAAUCUCCAUGCCAGAUGUGGAUUUCAAUAUGAAAAGUCCAAAAAUCAAAGGUGAUGUGGAUGUGUCAUGUCCAAAGAUAGAAGGAGACAUAAAGGGACCAGAUGUAGACAUUGAAGGACCAGAUGUUGAUCUGGAAGGUCCUGGUUUCAAAAUGCCAAAAAUCAAAAUGCCAUCUUUUGGCUUAAAAGGUCCAAAAGUGGAGGGUACAGAUGUUGACAUAAACCUCCCAAAAGCAGACAUUGAUGUGAAAGUACCUGAUGUUGACAUCAAAGGCCCAGAGGUGGACAUUGAGAGUCCAAGUGGAAAAAUCAAAGGACCCAAAUUCAAAAUGCCAUCAAUUUCUGGACCUAACAUAUCCAUUCCAGAUAUAAAUCUCAAAGGUCCAAAAAUCAAAGGUGAUGUGGAUGUGUCACUUCCAAAGCUUGAAGGAGACAUUAAAGGACCAAAAGUCGAUAUUGAAGGACCAGAUGCUGAUAUGGAAGGUCCUGGAUUCAAAAUGCCAAAAAUCAAAAUGCCAUCUUUUGGCUUCAAAGGUCCAAAAAUGGAGGGCCCAGAUGUUGACAUAAACCUUCCAAAAGCAGACAUUGAUGUGAAGGCACCUGAACUGGACAUCAAAGGGCCAGAGGUGGACAUUGAAGGACCAGAUGCUAGUCUCAAAGGACCCAAAUUCAAAAUGCCAUCAAUUACAGGGCCAAAAAUCUCCAUGCCAGGUAUGGAUUUCAAUGUCAAAGGUCCGAAGAUCAAAGGUGAUGCAGAUGUGUCAGGUCUAAAGAUAAAAGGAGAUAUGAAAGGACCAGAAGUCGAUAUUGAAGGACCAGAUUUUGAUAUUGAAGGUCCUGGAUUCAAAAUGCCAAAAAUCAAAAUGCCAUCUUUUGGCAUCAAAGGUCCAAAAGUGGAGGGUACAGAUGUUGACAUAAACCUCCCAAAAGUAGACAUUGACGUGAAGGCACCUGAUCUUGACAUCAAAGGCCCAGAGGUGGACAUUGAGAGUCCAAGUGGAAAAAUCAAAGGACCCAAAUUCAAAAUGCCAUCAAUUUCUGGGCCCCAUAUCUCCAUGCCAGAUGUGGAUUUCAGUCUGAAAGGUCCAAAAGUUGAAGGUGAUCUGGAUGUGUCAGGUCCAAAGGUAAAAGGAGAUAUAAAGGGACCAAAAGUUGACAUUGAAGGACCAGAUGCUGAUUUUGAAGGUCCUGGUUUCAAAAUGCCAAAAUUCAAAAUGCCAUCUUUUGGCUUCAAAGGUCCAAAAAUGGAGGGCCCAGAUGUUGACAUAAAUCUUCCCAAACCAGACAUUGAUGUGAAGGCACCAGAUGUUGACAUCAAAGGGCCAGAGAUGGACAUUGAAGGACCAGAUGCUAACCUUAAAGGACCCAAAUUCAAAAUGCCAUCACUUACGGGGCCAAAAAUCUCCAUGCCAGAUAUGGGUUUCAAUCUCAAAGGUCCGAAGAUCAAAGGUGAUGUGGAUAUGUCAGGUCCAAAGAUAAAAGGAGAUAUGAAAGCACCAGAAUGCGAUAUUGAAGGACCAGAUGUUGAUAUGGAAGGUCCUGGAUUCAAAAUGCCAAAAAUCAAAAUGCCAUCUUUUGGCUUCAAAGGUCCAAAAGUGGAGGGUACAGAUGUUGACAUAAACCUUCCAAAAGCAGACAUUGAUGUGAAAGCACCUGAUAUUGACAUCAAAGGACCAGAGGUGGACAUCGAGAGUCCAAGUGGAAAAAUCAAAGGCCCCAAAUUCAAAAUGCCAUCAAUUUCUGGGCCCCAUAUCUCCAUGCCAGAUGUGGAUUUCACUCUUAAAGGUCCAAAAGUUGAAGGUGAUCUGGAUGUGUCAGGUCCCAAGGUAAAAGGAGACAUAAAGGGACCUAAAGUCGACAUUGAAGGACCAGAUGCUGAUUUUGAAGGUCCUGGAUUCAAAAUGCCAAAAUUCAAAAUGCCAUCUUUUGGCUUCAAAGGUCCAAAAGUGGAGGGGACAAAUGUUGACAUAAACCUUCCCAAGGCAGACAUUGAUGUGAAAGUACCUGAUGUUGACAUCAAAGGACCAGAGGUGGACAUUGAAGGACCAGAUGCUAACCUCAAAGGACCCAAAUUCAAAAUGCCAUCAAUUUCUGGACCUAACAUAUCCAUUCCAGAUAUAAAUCUCAAAGGUCCAAAAAUCAAAGGUGAUGUGGAUGUGUCAGAUCCAAAGAUAGAAGGAGACAUAAAAGGACCAGAAGUCGAUAUUGAAGGUCCAGAUGUUCAUAUGGAAGGUCCUGGAUUCAAAAUGCCAAAAAUCAAAAUGCCAUCUUUUGGCUUCAAAGGUCCAAAAGUGGAGGGUACAGAUGUUGACAUAAACCUUCCCAAACCAGACACUGAUGUGAAAGUACCUGAUGUUGACAUCAAAGGACCAGAGGUGGACAUUGAAGGACCAGAUGCUAACCUCAAAGGACCCAAAUUCAAAAUGCCAUCAAUUUCUGGACCUAACAUAUCCAUUCCAGAUAUAAAUCUCAAAGGUCCAAAAAUCAAAGGUGAUGUGGAUGUUUCAGUUCCAAAGAUUAAAGGGGACAUAAAAGGACCAGAAGUCGAUAUUGAAGGUCCAGAUGUUCAUAUGGAAGGUCCUGGAUUCAAAAUGCCAAAAAUCAAAAUGCCAUCUUUUGGCUUCAAAGGUCCAAAAGUGGAGGGUACAGAUGUUGACAUAAACCUUCCCAAACCAGACACUGAUGUGAAAGUACCUGAUGUUGACAUCAAAGGACCAGAGGUGGACAUUGAAGGACCAGAUGCUAACCUCAAAGGACCCAAAUUCAAAAUGCCAUCAAUUUCUGGACCUAACAUAUCCAUUCCAGAUAUAAAUCUCAAAGGUCCAAAAAUCAAAGGUGAUGUGGAUGUUUCAGUUCCAAAGAUUAAAGGGGACAUAAAAGGACCAGAAGUCGAUAUUGAAGGUCCAGAUGUUCAUAUGGAAGGUCCUGGAUUCAAAAUGCCAAAAAUCAAAAUGCCAUCUUUUGGCUUCAAAGGUCCAAAAGUGGAGGGUACAGAUGUUGACAUAAACCUUCCAAAGGCAGACAUUGAUGUGAAGGCACCUGGUCUGGACAUCAAAGGACCAGAGGUGGACGUUGAUAUUGAAGGACCAGAUGCUAACCUCAAAGGACCCAAAUUCAAAAUGCCAUCACUUACAGGGCCAAAAAUCUCCAUGCCAGAUAUAAAUCUCAAAGGUCCAAAAAUCAAAGGUGAUGUGGAUGUGUCAGGUCCAAAGAUAGAAGGAGACAUAAAAGUCCCAGAAGUCGAUAUUGAAGGACCAGAUGUUGAUAUGGAAGGUCCUGGAUUCAAAAUGCCUAAAUUCAAAAUGCCAUCUUUUGGCUUCAAAGGUCCAAAAGUGGAGGGUACAGAUGUUGACAUAAACCUUCCAAAAGCAGACAUUGAUGUGAAAGGACCUGAUAUUGACCUCAAAGGCCCAGAGGUGGACAUCGAGAGUCCAAGUGGAAAAAUCAAAGGACCCAAAUUCAAAUUGCCAUCAGUUUCUGGACCUAACAUAUCCAUGCCAGAUGUGGAUUUCAAUCUCAAAGGUCCAAAUAUCAAAAGUGAUAUGGAUUUGUCAGUUCCAAAGAUAGAAGGAGACAUUAAAGCACCGAAAGUUGACGUCGAAGGACCAGAUGUUGAUCUUAAAGGUCCUGAGGGUGGAUUCAAAAUGCCAAAAAUGAAAAUGCCAUCUUUUGGCUUCAAAGGUCCAAAAUUGGAGGGUACAGAUGUUGCCAUAAACCUUCCAAAAGCAAACAUUGAUGUGAAGGCACCUGAUCUUGACAUCAAAGGGCCAGAGGUGGACAUUGAGAGUCCCAGUGGAAAAAUCAAAGGACCCAAAUUCAAAAUGCCAUCAAUUUCUGGACCUAACAUAUCCAUGCCAGAUAUAAAUCUUAAAGGUCCUAAAAUCAAAGGUGAUAUGGAUAUGUCAAGUCCAAAGAUAGAAGGAGACAUAAAAGCACCUAAUGUCGACAUUGAAGGACCUGAUCUUGAUAUUGAAGCCCCUGGGGGUGGUUUUAAAAUGCCAAAAAUCAAAAUGCCAUCUUUCAGCUUGGGAGGUCCAAAAGUGGAGUGUCCAGAUGUUGACAUAAACCUUCCCAAAGUUGACGCUGACGUGAAGGCACCUGAUCUUGACUUGAGAGGGCCAGAGGUAGACAUUGAGGGUCCAAGUGGAAAAAUCAAAGGACCCAAAUUCAAAGUACCAUCAAUUUCUGGACCAAACAUAUCCAUGCCAGAUGUGGAUUUCAAAGUUAAAGGUCCUAAAAUCAAAGGUGAUAUGGAUGUGUCAGGUCCAAAGAUAGAAGGAGACAUGACAGGGCCAGAAUUCGAUAUUAAAGGACCAGAUGUUGAUCUGGAAGGUGCUGAUGGCGGAUUUAAAAUGCCAAAGAUCAAAAUGCCAUCAUUUGGCUUCAAAGGUCCAAAAGUGGAGUGUCCAGAUGUUGACAUAAACCUCCCAAAAGCAGACAUUGAUGUGAAGGCACCUGAUCUUGACAUCAAAGGACCAGAGGUGGACAUUGAGAGUCCGAGUGGAAAAAUUAAAGGACCCAAAUUCAAAAUGCCAUCAAUUUCUGGACCUAACAUAUCCAUUCCAGAUAUAAAUCUAAAAGGUCCUAAAAUCAAAGGUGAUAUGGAUGUGUCAGUUCCAAAGAUAGAGGGAGACAUAAAAGGACCAGAAGUUGACAUAAGAGGACCUGAUCUUGAUAUUGAAGCCCCUGGGGGUGGUUUUAAAAUGCCAAAAAUAAAAAUGCCAUCUUUUGGUAUUGGAGGUACAAAGGUGGAGAGUCCAGAUGUUGACAUUGAUGUGAACGUGCCUGAUGUUGACAUCAAAGGGCCAGAGAUUGACACUGAGGGCCUAGGUGGAAAAAUCAAAGGACCAAAAUUCAAAAUGCCAUCAAUUUCUGGACCUUACAUCUCAAUGCCUGACGUGGAUUUUGAUCUUAAAGGCCCUCAAGUUAAAGGUGAUAUGGAUGUGUCAGUUCCAAAGAUUAAGGGAGAUAUAAAAGGACCCACAGUUGACAUUGAAGGAUCAGAUGUUGAUCUUAAAGGUCCUGAGGGUGCACUCAAAAUGCCUAAAUUCAAAAUGCCAUCAUUCAACUUAGGAGGUCCAAAAGUGGAGGGUCCAGAUGUUGAUGUGCACCUACCCAAAGGAGAUAUUGAUAUGAAAGCCCCUAAUAUUGGCAUCAAAUUCCCAGGGGUCAACACUGGAGGACCAGAUGUCAGUCUCAAAGGACCCAAAGUGAAAAUGCCAUCAAUUUCAGGACCAAAAAUCUCCAUGCCAGAGAUGGACUUUAACCUGAAAGGUCCCAAACUCAAGGGUGAUGUGGACAUGCCAGUUUUAAAUGUUGAAUCAGAUUUAAAACGACCAGAGCUUGACAUCAAAGGUAGCCUGGAUGCAUCUUUGCCCAAACUAGAGACGGACAUCAAAUGUCCAGAUGCCAACAUCGCCCUUCCCACAAUAGGUCUGAAGGGUGUUUCUCCUGAUCCUGUUAAAUCAGGCGUGUCUUUCCCUAAAUUUAAAGGUCCAAAGUUUGCAAUCAAAACCCCUGAAAUGGAGAGGUCUGAAAUAACUGUUAAGACACCAGAUACUGCAGUAAGUCUUGAUGCCCCGGAUGUAAAUAUCCAUGUGAAGGGGAAAAAGGGUAAAUUUAAACUUCCUAAAGUAAAAGGAAAGGUGAAGAAACCUGAGGCUGAUAUUGGACCACCAGCAUUGGACGUAGAUCUUGACACACCCGGUUUUCAUGUCAAAGGAACAAAGGGAAAGAAGCCUCUUUUUGGUAAGCUUCAUUUUCCUGAUGUGGAAUUAGAUAUCAAGUCAUCCAAACUGAAAGGGGAUGGAUCUUUAGGAGGGGGAAUUAAAACACCUGACAUAGAUUUGCCAGCUACAAGCUUGAACACUGCCAUAGCCUCUUCUGGAAUUGACAGUUCAAAAAUUAGUUUGGAGGGGCCAGAUGUACACAUCAAGACUCCUAACAUUAAAAAUCUGUCUGCUCCUGAAAUUGAUGCAGGUCUGAAUAGACAAGGAGGAGCAACCAUGUCUGCAGGUUUUAAAGGGGGAAGUGCAACUGGUGGCCUUCAUUUCCCAGAGGGUUCUUUGAAAUUUCCCAAAAUGAAAAUACCAAAAUUUGGUAUUUCUCUGCCUCAACUGGAAGGGCAUCAAGGUGGAGGCAGUGUUGAUUCAGAACUAGGAGCAAUUGGAGGCAUACAAAUACAGCCCCCAUCUGUUAGCCUAAGUUCACAGAAUAUUGAGGUUCCCAGUCCAGAACUUGGGCACAGUGAAGGAAAAGUAAAGGUAAAGAUGCCAAAGUUUUUUGGCAAAUCAAAAACAAAGGGUAGCAGUGAAGGUGACCUUCGGGGACCAGAGGUAGACUUAAGUGCAAGUGGAAAAGGCAUUAAGGUCUCAAAGGACUUAAGUAUGCAUGCAGGGGAAAUGGCAUUGGAGGGUGAUGCUGGGCUAAGUAUGUCAAAAGGCAAAUCAGCAUCAUUGGAUCUUUUUAAGAAAUCAAGGCAUCGAUCAUCUUCUUUGAGUGAUGAAGGAGGGCUUGCAGCAAGUUCUUCCUCUACUCACCUUGAGGCUGAGGGUGGUGACAUUUCAUUAGAUCUAGGAGAAGGCAAGGUCAAAGGAAAGAAAGGCAAGUUGAAGUUUGGCACCUUUGGGGGUUUUGGUUCAAAGUCAAAAGGCUCAUAUGAAGUGACACUUGGUGAAGACAGCGAAGCAAGAGUGGAGGGAAGUGCAGGUGUUUCUCUGCCCUCAAAGAAAUCAAGACUGUCAUCAUCUUCAAGCAGUGACAGUGGUUCAAGGGGUGGUUUUAGGUUCCCAAAGCUUGAACUAUCCGUUUCACCAAAAAAAUGAACAGUUAUGAGGAAAAGUCAAAACACAUACCCCCUCCUAACAUGGCAAAUUGUUCAAACAUUAUUCCUAAACAUAGAAGACACAGUUAUCUCAUUAAAUAUGAGUAAUUCAUCUUUCAGUUAAAGAUUAGAGAACAUGAGGUUGUUUAAAAUCCCUCUAAACUGUAAAUAAGAUUAAUUUGUAUUUUAAUAAUAAGUAUUUUUGUACAUAGUCCAGAUUUAUUGAAUAUAUCAUCUCACCAAAUCUUCAUCCAUAGUUUAUGACAGGGUUAGCCAUUUUGUCCUAUUUCAUUCUGUGAAAUGAACAAUUUAAUUAAUUGGUGUGGUAUAUUUGUAUUUAGGAGUCUAUUGCACAGAAUUGAUAGUUAGACUAGUUUUAUUUUUUUCUCUUUUUUAUUUCAUUUUUUGAAGGAAAUGUUGGCAAUACAUUUUGACACAUACAUAAGCAUUUACAGUUGUCUUAUAUGAUUUUCUUUUCUUGCUUUGAUGUAUAAUCAAUGCAGAAUCAUAUUUCAACAUUGAGCUGGUCCUUUUAAAACAUAAAAAGUAACAUGUUGUGUACAGCCUACCACAAUUGCAAAGACAAUCACUGCUUUAAAGCUGUUAUCCCUCUAAAGUGCUUUCCCAACUUUACUGUUCAUUGAAAGAAAAAAAAACAAUGAUUUAAUUCCUUGCAAUUUACCAAAAUUUCAAAUUGCUCAUUUUAGAAAUGUUUUGUUUUAUACAUUGUAAUUUUUGUUUUGCUUGACUGUUUUAUGAUCAUCCAUAUUUUAUUUUCUGAUUGUUCUGUCACUCUGCCUUUGUACACAUCUUUUAAUUCUGCAAACAAUAUAACAAGUAGUCACUCUUGAUGUCUUUAUUAUGUAAAAAAAUUAUGUUCAUAAUUGUUCAAAGGAAAUUGGGUAUGAUUCUUUGGGUCUGUUCUUUUGAUUGCAUUCUGCAAAAUAAAUGUAAUAAAAUGAUUUUUAGAAUUA